AUGUCCUCUAACAAACACUGGUCUUGGGGCCAUUUUUUCAGUGAUGGCCAACUUUUUAAAUCCAAUAACUCAUACAAGAAUGCAUGGUGCCUUGCAUGCCUGAAUCACCACAAGGAAGAGCUUCGCCAGUCAGAUAUUCUCAGCACAGCUAUCAGUGGCAUCAGCAGUGGCCGUACAGAUACAGAUCAGGAGUCCCAAACACUCAGAGAUUGUGCCCCAAUGCAUGCCUCUUCCCACUAUUAUGUCAUCAGGUUCUUCUUAUCCAAAUCCUGGCUUGAGCGCCUCAGCUACGCCAUCUGGUUCCCUAAGCCCAAGCCCACUUCUGUUCUUGACCCCAUUGCUGAAUUUAGAGUGGCCAUCAAAAUUCCUGCUUGGAUACCAGGGGCAAUCAUACCUGAUUGUCGAACUUUAUCGGGGCCUAUACUUGAUCGAGAGGCUGCAAAGGUUGAGGAUAAGCUGAAGUUGAAGUUGAAGGAGCAGAAGGCUACUUUUCAAACAGAUGGGUGGAAGAAUAAAGCUAAACAAGCAAUUGUUGCAACAAUGGUUAGUGUGGACUUUGAGCCAUAUCUAAUGCGAACUCAUGAUGUUUCUGCAAACCCAAAGACUGGUGAAGCCCUUCUGGCACUUGUUGUCGAAGACAUCAAGUGGAUUGAAGAAAAGUAUAGUGUCUCAAUCAUUGCUGCAUGUACUGAUGAUGGUGGUGACCCACGCAAAAUGCGACGGUUACUUCUUGCGCUCAUGCCAUGGCUCAUCAUUAUUCUCUGCUGGGCACAUCAAAUCAAUCUUAUUGUUGGUGAUUAUCUAGUUCUCAAGCUUCCCUUUCAGGAUUGUGUUGUGAAGGCUUUGAUAGUGAUCAAGUGGAUGAAUAAUCACAGCCAUGCACUGGGAUUAUUUCGUGUGGAACAGUUCUCCACCUACCAAAUGUUCUGGGCCCUUAUUCUCCCUGUGCUCACUCAAUGGACAACACACUAUCUUUCUCUUCGUGAAACCAUGAUUGCAAGUGUUGGCACCAAAAGUGAAGACCAAGCAAAGGCUAUAGUAGUGCAGGAGAUAAUUGAGGAUUCUGAGUUCUGGUACCACAUCAAGAAAAAGGAUGUGGAUGCAGACUUUCAAGCUGCAUUUAUGGACUACUUCAAUAAGCAUGAAGAAUUCUCUCCAGAAAACAUGGGUCUUGAGGAUUGGAUUGACACAGCCAAAAAGAAAGGUCAGGAAGCAAAUCCAGUUGAGAUCUGGGAAGGAAUUGAUACUGGUGAAGAAACUGGCCGCAACUGCCUCACAAAAUUAGCAAUUCAUAUUCUCAGUAUUGUCGCCAACUCAGCCGGCUGUGAACAUGCAUUUAGCCACAUGGGGCUUGUUCACACAGGCAUCCAUAGCAAAUUAGGGGUUGAGAAGGUCUGCAAGACAACAAUGGUUGGCAUGGAUAUUAAGCACAUGCACCUAGAAGCUGGAUUGCUCCACAAAAGGGGUGAUGAUUUAGAUGAGACUGAUGAAAUUCCUCCCACUAUUAAUGUGCAGGCUCCAAGUGGACACUUGACAAUCACUAUCCCUCCUUUAAACUCGGCAACUCCACCAGCUCGAGCUACUGGGGUGAAGAAAACCUGCAUCCCUCUUGAAAUCCUCUUCAUUUACCCAACCAGCACAGAAUUGCCUUCGGAGGGAAUGAACUCUUUCUGGAGAGGAGGGAUUGAGAAUUUGGAACAAGAGAUGGAGGCUUAUGACAUAUUAAGUGGUUUGAUGGAGGAGAGUUCUGACAGUGGGAACCUUUAA